AUGUCGCAAAAACCGCGAAAGCUCCAGCGCGUCUCCAAGGCCUGCGACUUCUGCAAUAGGCGUAGUAUCAAAUGCAGACCGAGCGAAGAUGCGCUAGGCCGCUGUCAGAACUGCGUCGACUUUGAUGUCGCGUGUACAUUUGAUCGUCCGGCUAAACGGCGCGGUGUCAAGGCUGGUACUAGAGCCGCUGCGAGGGAUGUGCCAAUUGCGAAGCCGGUGAUAGAUUCACCGACGAGUCAGAAUCCGGUCGAGAGGGAGCCGGGGUCUGCUGCUUCUAGGAGCUCUAUGCAUCCAGAGUCGGGUUCCCGGUCGUCUUUAAUGGAGGAUCCUUGGGUCUCUUUUAAUCAAGGCUGGUCAACGGCGGAGGGGUACGAUGAUGAUGGUGCAUUGCGUAAUUCUUGGAAGGCUUUUGCUAUCUCCUGUGACCGGCAGAUCAGGAAUCUCGUUCAGGUCUAUUUCGAAAUCGUCUAUCCAAUCUUUCCUCUGUUUCACAGGCCAUCCUUCAUAGAGCAGGUAAACAACAGAGAACAUCUUCACAACCAAGGCCUUUUUGCCUCGACCAUGGCAGUUUGCUCCUUGGCAUCAGGGCGUGCACGCGAUGGCGCGCUAUACUCCACUCGGUGGUGCCGGGAGGAACUUCUGGAGCCCCCUUCGGAGGCUUUCUAUGCCGCAGCCAAAGAUUCAUUACCCAGAGAUCUUGCAGCUGCGAAGGGGAUGAAUUAUAUGCGUGCGUGUGCCAUUCUUGCAAUCGUCAGUAUCCAGAACGGCCAGAUCAAGAACAUGCAGAAAUACUCUGGUAUGUACCAUACUCUAAUAACCAUGGAAGGGUUCCAUGAUGAGAAGCUCUGGCCGAAAGAUAUAAGUCCCAUCGAGGUUGAGGAAAGGCGGAGAUUGUUCUGGUCAAUCUACACCCUCGACAUCUACUCAACUGUCGUAUGGGGAGGCGUGAUCCGCUAUCGUGAGGCGCAUUCUCUCGUACGGUAUCCUACUGAGGUCGACGACCAUUACAUCACCGCACAAGGCUACACAAUGCAACCAGUAUCACCCGGAUCGAGCACGAUCGGCCAGAGUCCCGCCUCCGGUGUCUCAAGACAAUCCUUGUGCUGGAUGCAAGGAUGGAAUUUCACAACCGACCUUUACCGCAUACUGGAGCAUGUGGUAGAUGGCACAAGGCGGAAAUUCUCCUCGGCCAACGGAACACAGGAAGUCUGGUCGCUAUUCAGCCCAACUUCCAUGUCGGAGCCUGCGGUUAUGGAGCGUGUUCUGAAUAUGUACUCUGCACUGCCAUCGCAAUUUCGCGAAAUGCCACCUACGACUGGUGACAUGGGGAAAGAUCUAUUUGGUUUCCAGUCUGCCAAUAUCCAGGCUACUCUACAGCUAUUGAGAAUGGUGCUUUUGUCCGCCGAGGAAAUUGGAGUCGACGGAAAGUGUGAUGUGGCUGGCGAGUUGCUUAGUGUGUUUUCCAAGGUGCCGGUGGAGUAUUUGAAGGCCAUCAGUUCACCAUUGCUUCACCAUCUUGGUGGAAUUGGAUAUAUCCUCGGCUCGGUCAUGGAAGGCAGUCUCUCAGACGCAUCCUACCUCCGCGUCCGCACAUUACUCCUCGAAAUGGCCGAUCUCCUCAACCGCCUCGAAUGCGGCCUUCAUCGCGCAGCAGGUGCAAGUCAACGCCUCCGAUCUCAAGUCGAUCGAAUCGACGGCUACAUGCGCACAUCACGACUCCUAAACGUUGCAACGGCCCCACAUCCUCCCAAUGGCACUACCAUGCAUAUGAAUGUCAAGCACGAGCCUGUUUACCCCCCACCCACAUACGCUCACAGUGCCCCAGCACCAACUGUCAGUACGACAGCGGGAAUGCACGAUCAGAUGCUGCAGUUCCAGUUGCCGCCGGAGUUACUGAGUGAUUGGCCGUGGCCGCUAGACAACUCCCAAUCUGAGGGUUUCUUUCCUUUGGCGUUCGAAUGA